CAGGGAUAAAGCAGUGAGGAAACCUCCCUCCUUCCUCCCUUCCCACCUCCCUGCUGCAGUCCAGUCCCGCCUCCAGGCUGCACUAUAUCAACAGCCUGCCUCCCACUAUCAAACUCCACAGAGCCUCUCAGUCCACAGCUGCCUAACGGUCCUCUCUCCUCGCGUCGUCUCUUGACCAGCAGAUAGUCAGCCAUCAUGUAUUACCAGCAGAGCUAUAGCAGCGGCCCCUCGGCCAUCACCCAACAGACCCGCAGAUACACGUCCAGCGCUGCCCCCCACAAGGCCCACAGCGUGUCCGGCCUCAGCUUCAGGAGUGGCCCCCGCAUCUCCUCCUCCUCCGCCCGGAUGGUCUCCUCUGGGUUCGGCGGCAUGGGCGGGGGUUUUGAUCUGUCCGCAGGACUGGACCAAAGCUCCGUCCACCUGAACGAGAAGGCCACCAUGCAGAACCUGAACGACCGUCUGGCCAACUACCUGGAGAAGGUGCGCUCCCUGGAGGCGGCCAACGCCAAGCUGGAGAAGCAGAUCAGAGAGUACUACGAGAAGAAGGGCCCAGCAGCAGAGAGGGACUACAGCAACUACUGGGCCAUCAUCAACGAUCUGAAAGACAAGAUCAACGCUGCCACCAUUGACAAUGCCAACAUCCUGCUUCAGAUCGACAACUCCAAACUGGCAGCAGAUGACUUCAAAACCAAAUUCGAACACGAGUUGAUGAUGCGCCAGUCCGUCGAGGCUGACAUUGCCAACCUCCGCCGCCUGCUGGACCAGACCACCUUGACCAAGGCCGACCUGGAGAUGCAGAUCGAAGGCCUGCAGGAUGAGCUCGCCUACCUGAAGAAGAACCAUGCAGAGGAACUGGCAGCAAUGCGCUCUCAGCUCACCGGCACAAUCAACGUAGAGGUGGACGCCGCACCUCAGCAAGACCUGAACAAAGUCAUGGAGGAGAUCCGCGCCCAGUAUGAAACCAUCACAGAUAAACACCGUCGGGACCAGGAGGCCUGGUUUAAUGAGAAGUCGACAGCCCUGAACAAGGAGGUGGCCGUAAGCACAGAAUCCAUCCAGACGUUCAAGACAGAGAUCAAUGACUUGCGGCGCACACUCCAGGGUCUGGAGAUCGAGCUACAGUCCCAACUCAGCAUGAAAGGGGCUCUGGAAAAUACGUUAGCAGAAACAGACGCCCGCUACAGCGCCAUGCUCUGCGGCUUCCAGAACACCAUCAACAUGCUGGAGGCAGAGCUCUCCAACGUGCGCGCUAGCAGCGAACAGCAGGGCCAGGACUACAAGAUGCUGCUGGACAUCAAGACCAGGCUGGAGCAGGAGAUCGCCACCUACAGGAGCCUGCUGGAUUCGGAAGAGUCCAAGUAAACCAAGACCAGUUGGCACAGGAGGCUCAGUGUCCACAACUAAAACUGUGGGUUAGAUGGCCCGACUGGCAGGACAAGCUGUUCUCACACUCACACACACACACACACACACUAUCCAUUUAGUAAAAGCUGUUGCAAUGAGAUGAAAAAACUGUACGAAAGAUUCCCAAAAAGAAAACCUUGGUGAAGAAGAAGAAGACUCAAUGUACAGUACUGUGUAUGUGUGUGUGUGUGUGUGUGUGUGUGCUCAUGUAAGACUUGUUUGCCAAAUAAAAUCUGCCGGUUGAGAUAAGA